CGGUUUGGUCUGGAGCAGCUGAAACCGGUUUGAGCGGAUCCGCUUCCUGCCGCUCGGCGCCGCCGCGGGCUGCCUGGGGGAGCGCUGGCGAGGCGCUGACGGCGGGCGCCGGGCAUCUCGGCCCGCGGCCCUCGCUCUCGGGCGCAGCGGUAGCGGCGGCGACGGCGACGGCGCGGACCCGCGGACCUGGCAGCACAACAUUCUAAAAUAAAUCCAUCAGAAUGACACCUUCUCAGGUCACCUUUGAAAUAAGAGGAACUCUUUUACCAGGAGAAGUUUUUGCCAUAUGUGGAAGCUGUGAUGCUUUGGGAAACUGGAGUCCUCAAAAUGCUGUGGCUCUUCUUCCAGAAAAUGAGACAGGUGAAAGCAUGUUAUGGAAAGCAACCAUUGUACUCACUAGAGGAGUGUCAGUUCAGUACCGCUACUUCAGAGGGUGCUUUUUAGAACCAAAGACUAUCGGUGGUCCAUGCCAAGUCAUAGUUCACAAGUGGGAGACUCAUCUACAACCACGAUCAAUAACCCCUUUAGAAAGUGAAAUUAUUAUUGACGACGGACAAUUUGGAAUCCACAAUGGUGUUGAAACUCUGGAUUCUGGAUGGCUGACAUGUCAGACUGAAAUAAGAUUACGUUUGCAUUAUUCUGAAAAACCUCCUGUCUCAAUAACAAAGAAAAAAUUAAAGAAAUCUAGAUUUAGGGUAAAGUUGACACUAGAGGGCUUGGAAGAAGAUGACGAUGAUAGGGUGUCUCCUACUGUUCUUCACAAAAUGUCCAACAGCCUGGAGAUAUCCUUAAUAAGCGACAAUGAAUUCAAGUGCAGGCAUUCGCAGCCAGAGUGUGGGUAUGGCUUACAGCCCGAUCGUUGGACAGAGUACAGCAUACAGACAAUGGAACCAGAUAACCUGGAACUAAUAUUUGAUUUUUUUGAGGAAGAUCUCAGUGAACACGUAGUUCAGGGUGAUGCUCUUCCUGGACACGUGGGGACAGCAUGUCUCUUAUCAUCCACCAUUGCUGAGAGUGGGAAGAGUGCUGGAAUUCUCACUCUUCCCAUCAUGAGCAGAAAUUCCAGAAAAACAAUAGGCAAAGUGAGAGUUGACUAUAUAAUUAUUAAGCCAUUACCAGGAUACAGUUGUGAUAUGAAAUCUUCAUUUUCCAAGUAUUGGAAGCCAAGAACACCAUUGGAUGUUGGACAUCGUGGUGCAGGGAAUUCUACAACAACUGCUCAGCUUGCUAAAGUUCAAGAAAAUACUAUUGCUUCUUUGAGAAAUGCUGCUAGUCAUGGUGCAGCCUUUGUAGAAUUUGAUGUACAUCUUUCAAAAGAUUUUGUGCCUGUGGUGUAUCAUGAUCUCACCUGUUGUUUGACAAUGAAAAAGAAAUUUGAUGCUGAUCCAGUUGAAUUAUUUGAAAUUCCAGUAAAGGAAUUAACAUUUGACCAACUCCAGUUGUUAAAGCUCGCUCAUGUGACUGCACUGAAAUCUAAAGAUCUGAAAGAAUCUGUGGUUGAGGAAGAAAAUUCUUUUUCUGAAAAUCAGCCAUUUCCUUCUCUUAAGAUGGUUUUAGAGUCUUUGCCAGAAGAUGUAGGGUUUAACAUAGAAAUAAAAUGGAUCUGCCAACAAAGGGAUGGAAUGUGGGAUGGUAACUUAUCAACGUAUUUUGACAUGAAUCUGUUUUUGGACAUAAUUUUAAAAACUGUCUUAGAAAAUUCUGGGAAGAGGAGAAUAGUGUUUUCUUCAUUCGAUGCAGAUAUUUGCACUAUGGUUCGGCAAAAGCAGAACAAAUACCCCAUAUUAUUUUUGACUCAAGGAAAAUCAGAUAUUUACCCUGAACUCAUGGACCUCAGAUCUAGGACAACCCCCAUUGCAAUGAGCUUUGCACAGUUUGAAAACCUACUGGGAAUAAAUGCACAUACUGAAGACCUGCUCAGAAACCCAUCCUAUAUUCAAGAGGCAAAAGCUAAGGGACUAGUCAUAUUCUGCUGGGGUGAUGAUACCAAUGAUCCCGAAAACAGAAAGAAAUUGAAGGAGUUUGGAGUUAAUGGUCUAAUUUAUGAUAGGAUAUAUGAUUGGAUGCCUGAACAGCCAAAUAUAUUCCAAGUGGAGCAGUUGGAACGCCUGAAGCAAGAAUUGCCAGAGCUUAAGAGCUGUUUGUGUCCCACUGUUAGCCGCUUUGUUCCCUCAUCUUUGUGCGGGGAGCCUGAUAUCCAUGUGGAUGCCAACGGCAUUGAUAACGUGGGGAGUGCUUAGUUUUUACUGGGCAGAGGCCCUUUUGGGGCAUGCACCACUGUUGUGGGGAUUCACUUUUCAUCACUGAGCAUUGUUUAUCUAUGCCUUCUAGGUUUCUCAGUCCAAUGAAGCAAUAAUGAAGUAUUUUACUAUUUCACUACAAUUCUUGCUAGGAUUUCAAGUAUGCUAUUUAAAUCAUUUGGCCAGGUAUAAUUACCAGUCAGUCUCUUUACAAUGAGAAAAUUUAUUGGUUGGCAAACAUUUUAAACUAAAUAUGUAAACAUAUAAUGUUAAACGUCCAUUAAAACCAUAGUGCUUGGAAAUUAACUAUAUAAAUAUCUUAUAUUUACAGUUCUUACAACUUUCAUUUGAUCAGGUCUGAAAUAUUUAGCACUUGAGGAACAUGACUAUGCAUAAUUAUACCUGACCAUGGAAAAAAUAAGUACCUCAAAUGCAUGCAUUUGCACUGGUGAUUCCAACUGCACAAAUCUUUGUGCCAUCUAUGUAUAUAUGUAUUUUUUACAUGGAUUGACAUGCGCACACACCAUUUUCAUUCAGUAUGAACCUUGAGGCUGCUGCCAUUCUCCCACUUAACCAAACCAAUGCCUGUGUAAACAGCCUGGAGGUGAUCCUUGAAAACUUGUCUCAUAAGUCUUUCAAAAGUUGUUUUGCAUAAAUGUUAAAGUUUCAAAAUGCUGCAGGGUAAUUUAAUGUAUAAAAUAUUAGAAGUAUGUAGUGCAUACUUAAUAGAGUAGGCCAUAAUGUGUAAAUUCUAUUCCAUGCAUGCUUUAGGUUUUAAGCAUGAGAUUGUACAUGUUUACUGUAAGUCCUUGCAUCUGUGGUGCUAGGUGAGUGUGAGAAGGUGUCAAGGACUGAAAAUAUUUUGUUGCCUAAAAAAAGAAAAAAGAAAAAAAAGCCUGUUUGUAGGCAUUUUAAAUAUGCUUAUUUUAAGUGUCUCUCACUACCUAUUACACACCGUUGCUCUGUGGGUUUGUUGUGUGUGCGUGUGUGUGUUGUACAGCAGUUAAAUCUCCAUGCAGAAAAAUAAAUGUCCUGAAUUCUCACAUUGGUAUUUUUUAUUGGUUAAUGUAUAUCAGGCAUGUAACUUAUUUAGGAAAUGUAGACGAUCCUUCUAAAUGUAUAUGCAUGUAUUUAGGAUUAUACUAAGGUUUCUUUCCUUAGAAGCUGAUUGUUUUGGCAUUAACUGUAACUUAAGAAUGAAUGUUGAAUAAAACACACAGAUUUAUCUUCCUCCUUUUAAAACAAAAUUUCAGGAAGGUAUUACUUUUAUAGACUUGGUUCUCUUACUACGAGACAUUGGACUCCUGCCCUAAAGUAAUGCCCUACUUGCAUCUGCCUUUUACUGCAUGUUCUUCACUUAGGCAAUUUAGUCAUGCAUUGACACAUUUUAGUACUAGCUGAGAAUCCUAGCUGAGAACCUAAGACUUGGAAUUACACGGUGUAUCUUUUUAUUUUUUAAGCCAAACAAUGCAGUUUUGGUUCAGUCUUAAUCGUGUGAGGAUAGGCUUUGAAAUCCUGUUAUGGUUUUGUGCUGUAACACUGAUAUUUAAUGGAAAAGAGUUUAGGAAAUGCAGUCUUCUACAAGUGUUCUAUAUACUUUUCCCACACUGAAAGAUUUUCCAACACUUUGGUGUGACUUUGGUGUGAAUUAGGCAGUUUUAGAAAACUUCUGAAAAAAUUCAUUUUGUCUGCAGACCUGUGUACAGUACAGUGACCAUUACCUUAUGGUAACUCGGUUAGCUGUAGGUGUGCGUUUUCGGUCCUGUUCACUUGCCCUCCUCCCCUGUGCCUUUCCAGUCCCGUGGCAGUGCAGCUCCAUGUUGAAGACUCAAGAUCGUAAAGGGAAAGGAGAGGUGGGAGGGGCGGGGGGGGGGGGCGGUUCCUGAACAAUGUAAUUUGCAAAGAGCUCGCAAGGACUGCUUAUGACACAGAAAGAGCCUCACUGCUCACUUCCUUUGCAUCCCUUCCUGACCUUAUAAACCAGGGUUAGUAGAAAAUUAAAGCAUAGCAAGCAGUAGCUCCCCCACUUUUCUAGGACUAAGUCCAGGCGUCCAUACCACUAGCCGUUGCCCUGUGCAGUGCUCUGGCCACACUGUACCCACUGUGCCCACCAUUCCCCUGGCCACGCCAUGCUCCUACGCUAUUCCCUGUCUGUAGCCAUGCGCCCUGUGCCUGGAAGCCCUCUCCUCCCCACAGACACUUUCACCCUGCCAGACUCCUUGCUCCUUGAGCCAUCGGCCUCUCCUCUGAGUCCUUGCUGAAACUUGUUCAGAAGGGAUGAGUCCAUCUUUUACUCCAUAGCCAUGUGCAUACCUGGAUCAUGCCGUGCAUUCUAGGUAGGCAUGGUGGUUUGUCUCACCAGGCUGCAGUCUCUUCAAGGGCAGGGACCUUGGCUUUUUAUUUCCACAGUGCAUGGAACAUAGUAGAAAAAUGUUGGAAUUAUUGGGAUAAUAAUUUGUAUCAAAUGUCCUUUUGAAUUAAGAGAUUUAAUUAUGUUUACUAAGAAUGUAAACUUUGGUUUACAUUUUGACAGUGGGAACAGUUUGUUGAUGUCAAUUUUCAAUGUAGAGGUAUAAUGUUAAAAUCGUUUUAUAUUUUCUGGAAAUUGCAAUGUUUGAUAAAAUGCCGCCAUUGUUCUCUGGUGUUUUCUACUCUCUGGAACUCUGUACUGUAACUGACUGGAUGUGAAUGUGAGGAAUACAGUUCAUUCCUGUGUCGGUAGUGCCUCAGGGCUACCACAGCCGCUCAUUACCUCACUGCCAUUGUUCCUUGUGUCUCCUCUCCUCCCAACAUCCCCCCCCCCUUAGGCCUACCUCAGUACCUCAGUACCCCUUUCCUUGUCUGAAAUGCCUUCUCUGUCUUCCUUCAGUGUCCAGCUCAGGUACCGCCUCUUCCAUAAAACUUUGCUCAGCUUCUGAUUGGAAUUAUGAUGCAAACAAAUGCGUGCAGCCUCUAAAUCUCACUGCUUCGUUUUGUAGCUGGGCCAGUAAACCCAGAGAAGUGAACUGACUUUUUUACCAGGUUGGGACUAGAACUGGGUUUUGUGAUUCCUAAUCCCGUGUUCUUGAACUAUGCUGCCUUCUGAAUUCUCGUGGCGUUUGUUAGCAUGUGCUUUCUUACAGUCUCUCUAUGUGCCUGUUCUAUUUCCCUAAGAUUGUAAGCCCCUUAAGGGCAGGGACCUCUUUGCAUUUCUAGCACUACUAUAGUGUUCCAUACUUAGUCAUGAACUAGACAAAUAAAUGGCGGUGGCAACGAUCCUAGUUUCCUAACUCAGAUUGUUUCACAGUAUACAUACGGUUUUGUACGGCAUGCCUGGCUAUGUUGUCUGGAGUGUGUGUGCUCGUGUGCAUGUGUGUUUGCAUGUGUACUCUGCCCCAGUUGCUUGGGGUCACAGGUGGGUUACUGUAAACCAAUUUUCUACUUCAUGCUAAGUGAGGACAAUUAUGAGACUGAGUAGAAGAUGAGGUACAGGUUUCCCCCCAGGCCCGGCUGCCCCUUCCUGGGGAGUACACCUAAAUCCUGCAGCUGGUGGCCUGAUAGGGCAGGGUACGCGGCCUUGGAUAGGACUUGGGUGACCUGCGGAGUGGCUGUCUCAUUAGUCCCGGUGGAGUGUCAUUGUCUUUUGUGCCUUGGCUCUUUCUCUUCACAGCUGGACUGCAUUUCUGUCUUUCACGUUAUCACUGGCUUGGUAUUCUAGGUUGGCAGUGGAGUCCUGUUCAUUUAGAUUUGGCUACAGCCGACUCCUUUGCAUUUUCGGUUUGGAUUGUGUGGUGUUGGGGUAGGAAGCAAAGUAAACACAGAAGGAACACUGCAUUAUUUUGGUGUUCAUGAGUGGAAAUUUCCUCAGAUAUCACAGUGGGUUUGCAUAGUUUGAGAAAUAGAUUCGAAAUGUUGAAAAUGCAAGAAAGCAUAUGAUUAAGACCGUACAAGUAUGUGUUAGAGAUGAGAGAAAGAGGUUAAGUUGAAACAAAGCUCUCGAGCCCUUGCAGAAUGGGGUAGAGAUCAGGGUGGUUGUGAAGCCACUUUGGGGCAUAAUCAUUGUAAACUCAGGCCAAGGUAGUAUCUGCAGUAUGUUUAGGGAGAAUGAAGAAGCCAUCCUGACAGUGGAGGAUUUUUUUUUUUUUUACUGAUUUUAAAGGGAAAUGAGAGAAAUGCAUUUUAAAAUAAUGAGGAAAGUAGUAUUAGUACAGGAGUAAUAAAAGAAGUACAGAGAUUAAUUUAUCUAAUCUUGUAUGAAAUUGGUCCAAGCAUACAUCUACCUGUUUGCUCAGAAAACAAAUGCAGACAGGAUAAGUGAACUUCUGAAACUAAACUUGCAAAGCCAAACUAUGUAAUGUCACCAGAAGAUAACUAAAAGUCUAGCAAAUGUUCCACGCCAUGGCUUCAAGUGUCUGUCUGCAGCCCAGACUCCUGUAAGCUCAGAUUCACACAUCCAGCUGUCUGUGCACAUCUCUAGUUGAAGGUUGAAUGGGCACCUCACACGUCAUGUGCCUCCAAAAAACUCUUCCUCCUUCCUUCCGCUAAAACUUCCCAUUCUACCUCCCACAAUGAUCCGAGUCUUAGUAAGUGACAUCCAGGAGUAUUACACUAAUCACUCGUUACCAGGAAGAGAAAAAUCAUGGAAGUUUAUAUUAUGGUAUGUGAUAGGUCAAUUGCCCAUUUGUUACUUUUUAAUUAAAAAAAAUCUUGCACAUAUUCUUUUAAUUGCAUAGAAUUACCUUAUCAAGUGCCAGAAAAGUCCCCUUGGGAUUUUGACCAGUGUUGGGUUGAUUUUCUGGAUUAACAUGUGGGAAGGAUUUAAUGUUUUACAAGUAUGAAGUCUAUCCAGAACAUAGUGUGUGUCUCCAUUUUUUUCAAAAUUUUUACAUCUUCCGGUAAAAUUAGUUUUUCACAUAGGUGUUUUAAACUUUUUAAAGCUUAUUCUUACAUUAGAAAAACUUAAUUUGUUUUUUAAUUCCUAUUUUCCUUAAGUAUGUUCUUCAGUAAUCAGUUAAUUUUGGUUUACUGCUCUCAUCUGUAGCUACUCUGCUGAAUCCGAUUAGUCAAAACAUUUUGUUAUUUAACUGGGGUUUUCUAGUUGAUCAUAUUAUCAAAUACAUUUUCUACUUUUUAAUGACAGCUUUCUCUUUAUCUUGUCUUACUUCAGUAGCUAAUAACAAUUGUAGGCGUCCUUAUUUCUUUACCGUCAUGGGAAAUAAUAUGAUGGCUACUGGAGUUUCUAGUUAUAGAGGUGACCCUUAUGAAAUUAAGGAAAUUUCUUUUUCUUCUAGGUUAGCUAAAGGAUCCCUUCCCCCCAGCCCCUACCCACCCCCAAGGAAUAGGUGCUGAAUUUAUUCUGUGGGUUUUUGAGGAAUUAGAAAACAAGCAUAGUUCUUAUUUCAUCUGUUAAUAUUAAUGGAGUGAAUGAGGCUAAUAUAUUUUCUAAUGUUGAAUUACCCUUCAGUAAUUGGUAUAACACUUAUUAAUGUUCUUUUGACAGGUAUUGACUGAUUUGUUUAGGAUUUAUUAUCUGUAUUCAUUAAUGAGAUUGACUUCGUUUUCUUCUAUUUUUGUCUAGUUUUGGAGACCAUUAGGAUAGCCUUAUAAAGUCAGUUGAGUAGCUUUUCAGGUUUUUCUGUCUUUGGAACAGUUUAUGUAAUGUUAGUAUAGUCUGUUCAUUGGCACUUUGAUAAGUGCUCCUAUAAAACUAUGUGCAUAUUUUGAAGUAUUCCUACCCUUACAGUUACUUCUUUAGUUAGAACCUGUUAAUGUUCUUUUUUUUUUUUUUUUUUUUAAAUACUUAUCUUGAGAGAGAGCAUGAGCAGAGGCGGGGCAGAGAGAGAGGGAGAGAGAGAAUCCCAAGCAGGCUCUGUCCUGUCAGUGCAGAGAGCCUGAUGGGGGCCUAAUGGAUUCCAGGAACCUUGAGAUCAUGACCUGAGCUGAAACCAAGAGUUGGAUGCUUAACUGAGCCACCCAGGUGUCCCUCUCUACUUUUUUUUUUAUUUAUUUAUAUUUUUUGGGCACAUCAGCUAGUUUUCCUAGAUUAAAAAAAAAUUACUUGUACAUCCAGCUGUAUAGUGUAUAUAUAUUAUACAUUAUAUACAUUAUAAUACAUACUAAAUACUGGAUAUCAUAAGUGUAUGUAAACAUACAUAUGUGUAUAUAUGUAUGUGUGUAUGUAUAUGUGUGUGUGUGUGUGUAUAUAUAUAUAUAUAUGUAUAUGUAUGUAUGUAUUUGUAUAUACUUCCAAGAAGUCUUCCAAGAAACAAUCACUUUUUCUUAAUAUUUUCUUUGGUGUGAAGGGGUGAGUUAUCCUUGAUUAGAUUGCUAAAGAUGUACUUUUUAAAUUAGGCUUUACUAGUAUUGAGCAGUGUUUGUUUUUGUUUUUUUUCAUUAAUUACUCUUAAAUUUAGUGUGCAAAAUUUUACCUAAUGUAGAUUUAUUUGGUACCUUUUCUUGGGUUGAACCUCCCUCAAUACUAUAACAACAUAAUAGAGUUGGCCUUGGAAAAAUACUGUUGUUGUUGUUUUUAAUGUUUUAAUGUUUAUUUCUGAAGAAGAGAGCCAUGAGCUGGGGGUGGGAGUGGUGAGAGAGGGAGACACAGAGUCCGAAGCAGGCUGCAGGCUCUGAGCUGUCAGCACAGAGCCCGACACAUGACUCGAACCCAUGAACUGUGCAAUCAUGACCUGAGCCAAAAUCAGAUACUUAACUAACUGAGCCACCCAGGCACCCUGGAAAACCAUUGUUUUAAUCAAAGGGGAACAAGAAUUUUACUUUUUGAAAAAAAAAAGUCUAUACAAGGAGCUAUUGUUUCUAUCAUGAUGGAAGUAUGUAUAAAGUGUGAACCUUAUGUUUUAGUUUCUAGCUAGACUGAGGGCUUAGGAGAAUAAAGUAGCUUCUGUCUUCAACAUGCUUAUUACUUAGUUGAGGUAUAAUGUAUGUUUUAAGAUUGUAAAGCAGUUGUUGAAGAGGGCAACAGAAGAAAAGUAACUAAGCGUUAGCCUGAUAUUAGCUCAUUUAAUGACAGAUAAGUCCUACCACACUUCAGCCACAGUGACUCUGUUCUGACCUGUUUUGGUUCUCCUAAUAGAGAUGUGAUUUGAAGGUAGGAUUUGAAGGUAGGGCUCCUUGGCUAAAAACACUUAAGAUGCCUGUCAGACGUGUAAGUGGAAAGGUGGUGUGUGUGUGCACGUGUGUGAGUGAGAUGGUUGAUUUCCUCAGUGUUGUAUUCCAAUUGUUUGCUUCCACUGUAUCUCAUUUACACUUCUUACUGAAUUUUUAAAUAUUAAACUAUAUUUUUCAUUUCCAGGAUUUCCAGUCAAUUCUUUAUGUCCAUCUGAUUUUAUUUCAUUACUUCCCAUUUUUAUUGAAUAAUUUGCAGUUCUUUUUUUUUUUUUUUUUUUUUUUAGUAGAAGUGUAACUUCCACUUAUUCUUUAAACAUUCUCAACCUAUUUCGUUUUACCCUAUACUUUUUAGGCCUUUCUGGAAUGAGUUCUUUUUCUGAUUUUGUUGGCUAUCUUUAUUUGCAUUGAGUUUUCUGCUGUGGUUUGGAGUUUUGGUACACGAGCUCAUGCUCUUGUUUCUUUCCCGCUUCCAGCUUCUCUGCUGGUCUUGUGGUUGGCUCCCUUAGGAGUUCUGGGACCUCAGUGUAAAUCCAGGUAUAUGAUUGCACCUGGUAAUUACUACCCAAAAGGAGAGUGGGGACAUUUGUACUCCAUCCCAGAGUCGCUUGGUAGCAACAUUUUGAUUUCUUGUCCAAGGAGUUUUUUCUAUUUUAUUUUAUACUUUUUUCCUCCCUCUUUUUGUGAUUUGCCUAUUUUUCCUGUGUAUUUGUUUGGUUUUGUGUUUUGUUUUGGCACAAACUCACCAAAUCAUCAUCCAGUGCUAAAAAUUCCCACCAUCCCAGAGGAUUGUGAUACAGGUUCCUCCUCUCCAGAGGGGACCAAAGUUCAUGUGUGUGGUGUAUGUGGUGGAGGUUUAUGGGUGUCUAGCUGCCCAGCACCCACCUCCUAUUUCCUGAGAGCAGUAUUUUGGGGGGAUGUUCUCUCUCCUCUGUUGGGUACAAUCUUUGGGGACCUGUAAAAUAAAGCAUUCUCCUUUAGCCAAGGGGCUAGGUGCAUGAACAAAGGCAGACCAACUGGACCCUGUCCUGCAUCAUUGUCUAUUAAUCAGAACAACCAUAGAACAAGUGUUUAGACUGUUUCGUUUCUAGAGCAACUCUAGUACCUACAGUGAAGCCCAUAGAAUCUUCCCGCUUGCCCCUUCUGACCUCUGCUAAGGCCUUCCCUUCAGUUAUGUGAGAUCACCUACAUCCCUCUAGUGAAUUCCUUUCUUCUAAUAUUAGAGGCAGGUUUUGUUGCUUUAACACCCAGGAAAACUUGACUGGUAGACCAUGUACCCUUACACAUGUAUAUGCACCUACAAGCAUGUAAGUGCUCAAAUAUAAUUUUUACAUACUAUGCUUUGCAGUACAGCAGCCUGCAUUUUCCUCACACACGUCAGACACUCCAUGUACUUGGCAUUAAACAAGCAGUAAAUAAUUCGAGUAGGUUCUACUCUGACUUGGUGUAGGGAUAAAUGAACAACGGGUAGGUCAUAUCUCAGUUAACCAGGCAAGUGUCGUCUUGCUGCCGUGAAAACAAUGUGGCUAGAGUGGCUUUAUCCAACCUCAUGGAUGCUCUCCUUCCCCUGCUGCCUCCCAGCCUUUUCUCUGGCCAUCCUCAGCCCAGGCCCUCCUCUCCUGUCACAUUUCUUUCCUCGCUGUCAGAAAGCUCUUAUGUUCUCUCUUCUGGGUGUUUGCUUUUGCCGUAUUUUAUUAUUUCACUUCUUCCUUCCUGCAUGACCACCUCAAAGGACUGAAGUGUUUUCUGAAUUCUGAAUAGCCUACAGGGCAGUGCCCUUUCCCCUGCCCUGAAUUCCCCGAGUAGCUAACUGCUGUUCACUUCACAGUUGCUUGCCUUGUUACUUGUGUGUCUGAGUCCAGGAUAUAAAGAACACUCUGACGUUGCUUUGAUGGCAUGUCAGAGAGGCUUAUCUCAAUGCUUGGUACACAUAUACUUGCUUUCUGUCUUUUAAAUGCCCAUCAUGGUGUUAUAUGUGCACUGUUUCAUCCACUAAGCAGGACCCCACACACACACAGGAAAUUUAUUUCAUUACACAGCACCAAGGGUGAAGAAGCCCGCUGCCCCCAAAAUGAUUUGAUUCUGCUUCUGCCUCAGAAACCUCGUGAAGCCAGUUUUUCCUAUGGCUGGUUCUAGUUCUUAAGGAGCUGUCAGAAACUCUUGCUCAUUAUGAAUUGGAGAGACCAAGGUGCUGUAUGUCCUCAACGACUGGAGCCUGGACCUCUGGUUACAGAUGUGGUGGUGGCCCAUAGGAAUGUCUUGUUUGUAGGGUACAUGGACAACUUUGUUCACCUAAUAAAUUUCUUGUUUUGGUAGCA